UCGCAAUUCCUCACGAUGCCCAGCAUCUUCUCUCGCCGCAAAAAGGACGGCAAGUCCAAGAAGGACGGGCUCGACGACGCAGACUUGGUUCUGCAGAAGCCAAAAUGGGACGAUGCUUGGACACGCAAGACUGUAGAGCCCGAGGAGGUUCGAGAGCUUCUUCACGGCUGCACUGAAGAGCUCAAGUCGCGAGGUCUCGACCACCCGUUCUUUCUGCUGCCGUUCCGACCGACUUCGAACCCCAGUGCUGUGCGCACCUUUAUCCGAAACUUCUUCAGCCAUGAUCCCCCGAUGAGCGGCGAAGUGCUACUCCAGGAGCUGCGCAUGACGGAGCCCAUGGUCAUAUCCGGCGUGGUAAAAUGGUGCUGGAGCCGUCUUGAGGGAGGCCUCGUCGGCUGGACUGCGUAUGAUUUGUUCCGGGUCGGAGAACGAGACUCGAACAUGGCCCGCGAUUCGUUCAAGACCUUCAUCCCCCUCAGCGUUGACAAUGCCGCGCGCCAGCAGAUCAUCUUCGACUUCUUCAGUCUGGUAGCAGCAGUGGCGGCGCAUGGCAAGAACAACGGCUUUGGUGGCCGCAAGCUGUCCCGUAUGGCCUCGUGGUGGGCCUUUGACCACAACGAUACCGGCAACGGAUUUGAUGGUGGCUACGGGGCGUGGCUCAGAGCUGCCGACGCCACGAGCCAUCUCUUCUUCGCUUAUCUGCGGUCGCUUGCCCCUGAGCAGGACCCCACUGGCAUCUCCAUGCUCCCCAGAUCCCUUCAGAAGCUGCUUCAGGAAACCGAAUAUCCCCCGCAGAGGCCGGAACUGCUCAUCGUCAAGACCAAAAAGGUGGCCAUGAUUGUUGAGACGGUUUCUCCGACUCCGUUUGCCUUGUUGAGGAGAGCGAACCAUUUCCAAUAUCGGGACUCUGAUCGCGAACUCCAGGAAUUUUCUAGCUACGAAGAUCCGGUGCAGGCAUUGACCGAAGAAUGCCAGCGAGUUCUCAAGGCCAUUUCAUCAGCUAAUCAGUCACAAGCUUCGAGCGUAAAGGUUUCUACGAGCUUACGAGACGCUUCUUGGUCCCGGUUCGAGGAUUUGGGAUUCACCACCUCCCUAGAGGAGUCCGACGAUACAGACGGAGGCAUUUUGCCGAGCAGAAGGGUGCAAGAGCUCAAACCCUUCCAGGGACUUCGCAACAGUCCGCUUUCCGGAGGCAACGGGCUGGCGCGCCCGACUACGCCUUCAUGGGCAGACUUCUUGUCGGCCGGCUUCGUUGACGACUCCCAAUCAAAGCCCACCUAUCUUCUGCCUCCCGAUAAGAUUCUCCCGCCUCUGUCGCCCGAUGCCCGGCAACUCAGCUCGCAAUCACAUCAGCCCAGGCUUGAGAGCGAACGGGACGUUGAGCCCGGUGAGCUCGCGAGCAUCAAGGUUGUGGAUCUGGACGACGCCUUUUGGUGGGUGUGGAUGACCAGUCUUGCGCCAGAAGAGACCCCCGAGCGGAAAUCGGCCUUUGGCAGAUGCGCUGUUGUCGAGACUCAGAUCCGUGGCUGCCGCUGGCUGGUUGUGGAGGAAAUCAUCGCAGGGGCUUCCCCUGAUGCACAAGAUGGAGCCUACAUUGCGGAGAAGAAGGGUCUCUUCUCGUGGACGAAACGCUCCAAGACCGUUUCUCGGCGCAAAUUGGAAAAACACCAUGACAAGCCGGCCAGUGCGAAUGCCAAUGCCAACACCAAUGACAGCAAGGCUAGUCUUGGUCCCGAUGCGCACGCCAGAGUCCAGGCAAAGGCUGCGCAGAUGAGGGCCCAGCAAACCAAGGAGGAACCCAACCCGGCGCCUGUUCGCCGCGGCCGCACCGAUGCCGAGUUGCUCGCUGAAAAGACUAAUAGUGUUAUGACCCUUCAGCCCAGUAUUCUGGGUGAGGCCUCUUCCGCCAUGAAGUGGGUGAAGAGUUACGACAAGGGCACCAUCAAGGACAUCUACAUGGCCAACGACGGUGCGGGCCGAGGAACAGCCUUUACUCCCUCCGAGCACCUUGACACCGCCCAGGAUAUCUCCGCCGACAACUUGCCCUCGCCUGCAGUGCCUCCCAAGGAUAAUCUUCUGACGCCGGCCGCUUCACCCUUACCCCAUGGACACGGACACUCUGCCCUGUCACUGGUUCCCGAGAGCGUCUUGGAGGAGUCGCGGUCCCGUUCGCCUCUGCCGGACAAGGCUGCCACGCCUGUGCCUACCGCCCCCGAACAGCCCAAGACAGAACCCCCCAGCCUGCCGACGCCACCCAAGGAGGAGCCGGCUGCCCGGGUCAAGUCGCCUACGUUCAACAGCAAGCCUUCGUCCUUUGAAGCCCCACGGAGCCCCGAAGCCGGGAAGCAGCACAAGGGCGGCCUCUUCAAGCUGUUUGGCCGCAAGAAGCGCAACUCCAAGAACCUUGAGAGUGUCACAACUGAUUUGAAUAAGAUGCUUGAGCAGAAUGACGCCAAGAAGUCUAUCGAGAAGCCGAUGGCCAGCCCUGCUCCUGUCUCGCCCAUUGCGGAACAGGAACCGGAAACGCCAGUCGACGGAGAGCCGGUUUACGAGCCGAUUUACGACCAGCAGGCCGACGAUGAAGCCGCAAACGCUGAUGCCCAUGAUGCCGCCGAGACUGAGCACGACUUUAACCGAUUCGACCAGGGCCCUCUGGAUGAUGUACCAGCCUUUGUUCCCGAAGACGACGAGGAUGACGAGUUCGAGGAUGCGGAACCUCCUCGACAGGAAAACCCCAAGUUCAACUCUAAGCUGCCCGUAAAGGAAGGGCUCUCUACUGGUACGAGCCCCGGUAUUCAGGAUCGAUGGGCCCAGAUCCGCAAGAAUGCGGCUGAGCGAAGCGCCUCACGCCCGCUGGAAGACCCUGCCCUGCAGAGGCCUGUGAGGCCGACUGACGGCGACGAUGAAACCAGUGGAGAGGAGACAAUCGAGUCUCGCGUCGCCCGCAUCAAGGCUCGUGUCGCCGAGCUGACGGGCAACAUGGAGGGCACCUCGGUGCCUCUCCGCAACUGAGUGACCC